GCUCGCUCGUUUUCUUUCGGUCAUUUCCGGUGCACCUCUUUCCUGUGCGCAGUGCAUGAAAAAUAUAAUAUUCUGAGUCGCCAUUUAUAGACUUGAUGAAGCCAGCAAAGUGUCUCUAAAUGUAAUAUUCUAACCGUAUAAUCCCCUUUAACAAUAACCUCGUACGUCAUCGUCAGCGGGAUCGGUUAGAACAGGUGAGGAUAGGUUCGGAUAGGUUCGGCUCCAGUCGUGCGUCGGCGGGUAAGGAAUGGAUGAAGAAACCGAAGCCGAGUCGGCGACGAAGGCACUCGGACCCGAGUCGUCCGACACCGAGUCGGAGGCCGAAGUGAGCGUGACGCUGCUCGGCGGCGCGGAGAGCCUCGACCUGGGAGCCGUGGCGCUGCCGAACGAGGAGGCGGCAGAGGCGGCGUUCGGAGAGGUAACCACGGUAACAGUGGGUGAUGUACAGUCGUCGUCGGAGACGGUUUUCACCACGACGGGGAGCCUUCCAGAACACGUGUUUAGCGGGCGGACCACCCUGCAGCUGGCCGAGGGGCUGGGCUCCCAGAAGGCCACCCUCAUCGUGGUCCACGCAGAUGGCAGCAUCGUGGAGGCUGCUGGGCUCAAGGGCGCUGCGGCAGCACUGGCCUCCGCGGGCGGCCAGGGGGCCGUGCUGGCGGUGGCGUCGGAGAAGGACGGCGGCUCCAAGUACAACUGGGACCCCUCAGUGUUCAACAGCCAGCUGCCGGUCCGCUGCAGGAACACCAGCGGGGUGCUGCACAAGAGCCGUCUGGGCUCCGGGGGCAAAGGUCGCUGCAUCAAACACAACAACAAGUGGUUCACGCCCACCGAGUUCGAGGGCAUGGCCGGCCGCGCCAGCAGCAAGGACUGGAAGAGGAGCAUCCGCUACGCCGGGAGACCGCUGCAGUGCCUCAUCCAGGAGAGGAUCCUUAACCCCCACGCAGCCUCCUGUACAUGCUCUGCCUGCUGUGACGACCUCAACCUGUCUUUGAAGGAAGGAGAUUCGUUGGAAAGUGAAAACAUCAGCAUGACUGGCCCGGUGAGACUCUUCGUCCCCUACAAGAGGAGGAAGAAGGACUCUGACUCCUCGGAGAAGAAGGAAGACCUUUCACCCAAGAACAUCACGCUGACCCCGGGGGCAACCUUCACGGUGUCUCCGUCGGGACAGAUCACCACCUCUGGAACUUUGACCUUCGACCCCCCCACCCCGUCAGAGAGCCCCGCCCCCAGUGACGUCUUCACCACCACCACAGUGCUGAGCUCCCUCCCCGCAGCGGUAACCUUGCGACGCCCCCCCCUCCAGUCCAAAGUGUCUGCCCCUCCCUCCCCAGGGGGGCUGGUCAACGGCCUAGAGGUCAUGACCUCUCUGGUGCCUGGCGACGGCGAGGUCACCAUGGCGACGGGGGCGGGGCCGGGGCUGGGCGACGCCCCAAGGGGCCCUUGGCUCUACCUGGAGCAGCUGGCUGACACGUUGCUUGGCAACGCCCAGCAGCUGAAAGCUCUGAUAGGGCAGGCCAAGCAGGAGGCCGGCCAAUCAGAGCACUUUGCCUCCGGUCACCUGACCAGGAAGGAAGUCAGCCAGUUCCAGAGUGUUUCAUUCCAGACGAACGAUCCAGAGACCAAGAGAAGCUCCGACCUCACAGAGAUCACCAUCAAUCAGAUGUGUGUGAACUGCGGCCGCACGGCCAUGAGUGAGUGCGCCGGCUGUCACAAGGUCAACUACUGCUCCACCUUCUGCCAGAAGAAGGACUGGAAGGAGCACCAGAACAGCUGCCAGCCGGGAGCCGCUCUGCCCCUGGAGGACGACCCCCUGGCCAGCAUAGAGAUCACCAAGGUCCUGGUGUAGCCCCCACCUGGACCAGGUCCCCAGCAGAGACCCCCAAGACUCCCCCGAGGGACCCAGCAGACCCAGGAGGGCCCCCCCCAGGAACCCCCUUGAGGAGCGUUCUCCUCUUCGUCAUUCCUUCAUCGUCUGAAGGGGUCCCUCCCAACCCGGCUGGAUCCCUGGACCAGCUCCAUUCCAGGGGGUCUGGACCAGCUCCGGGGGGUCUGGGGUGUCCAGUCAGACCUUCAUGUUUACACUGGGCAUUAAAAGACUCAUUUAACGUAAUGAACCGUGGGUCUGACGCCGUGACGCAACCAGCAUGAACUAAAGCAACCAUUCAGCGUUCCUCACCACAUCUCACAGCCUGGCUGAUGUUUUAGUUCAUCUCUUUUAAUUGUGCUUUUCGUUUUUCCCAGAGUGUGUAUCCUGGACCUCCGUGUUGAUCAGAGUAGUCCUGAUACAUCAAUAAAGAGUGUGUACUGUU